AUCCAAUCCGAGUGUAGAGGCUGGAAGUGUGAUGGGAGGGGACACAGUGUGUGUGUGUCCUGUCUGCUUGUCACAGUCUCCGUGCCUCCCAAAGAGAAGACACCACAAUGUACGAAAUCAACACUUCUCAUCUGUUUGAGGACCUCGGCUCCUUUUACGAUGAGCUCAACUACACCUACAACAACGACACGGAGUUCGACCCGAACCCGGACACCGUGGCCUGCGACUUCUCCAUCCCCGACGCGGGGGCGGUGGUCAUCGGCGUCUUCUACGUGCUCAUCUUCCUUCUGGCCAUCCCGGGGAACCUGCUGGUGGGGCUGGUGAUCGGCCUGAGCAGGCACCCGCUGCCCCCCUCCGACCUGUACCUCCUCCACCUGGCGGUGGCCGACCUCCUGCUGGCCGUCACGCUGCCCUUCUGGGCCACCUCCCUCACCCGGGGCUGGGUGUUCGGAGACGCCGCGUGCAAACUCGUCACCGUCCUGCAGGAGCUCAGCUUCUACUCGAGCAUCCUCUUCCUCACCUGCAUCAGCAUGGACCGCUACAUGGUGAUCGUGCGCGCGAUGGAGGCGCGCCGGGCCAACAGGCGGCGCGUCAGCUGGGCGCUGUGCGCGGCCGUGUGGGCCGUGGGCGCGCUCCUCGCCACGCCGGGCCUUUUGCAUUCCGCGCAGCCGUCCAAGACGUCGAACCUGACGACGUGCGGGGAGAAGUACGAGCAGGGCAACGCGGACAGGUGGCGGCUGGCGACCCGGAUGCUGCGCCACACGCUGGGCUUCCUCGUCCCGCUGGCCGUCAUGCUGCCCUGCUACGGGGUGACCGUGCGGCGGCUCCUGCGCGUCCGCGGCGGCUUCCAGCGGCAGCGGGCCAUGCGGGUGAUCGUGACCGUGGUCGUGGCCUUCCUGCUCUGCUGGACGCCGUAUCACGUGGCGGUGAUGGCGGACACGUUCUUCAGGGCGAAGAUAGUGCCGUACAAGUGCCCGGCGCGGAUGGCGGUGGAUCUGGCCAUGCUGGGCACCCAGAGUCUGGGGCUGCUGCACAGCUGCGUGAACCCGGUGCUGUACGCCUUCGUGGGGGAGAAGUUCAGGCUCCGGCUGGGGCAGAUCGUGAGGAAGACGGGCCUCCUGGGGAGGACGUCCGUGGCGCGGGGCAGCAGGUCCUCCAUGUCGUCGGAAAUCACGUCCACCGUCAUGUGAGGAGACGAACCAGUCUGAUGGACCUCAGGGUGCUGGUGGACCUCAGGGUGCUGGUGAACCUCAGGGUGCUGCUUGACAUACUCGUAGGCAGCUCGAAGAAAAGCCCAUUUGCCUACAGAUGCCUAGAAGAUUUUAUAUUUUGUAAACAUUUUGGUCACAAUUGGGCCCAUGUGAUGAUUUAAGUCGACAUAGCUUUGUACUAUUGAAUGUCCAGAGUCCGAUAUGGACUAGUUUUGUACAUAUUUCAAUUAUAAAUCUCAUAUUUUUAACUUGAACUCUUGCUUCUCUUUGAUAUUUGUUUGUGCAUCUGGCAAUAAAUAACGUGAAUUUUGUUAUCAA